CCGACGGCGACCGACGGGACAGAGGCGCAGCCCCGCGUUCUCGAAGCGGGGGCCCCAGGAGCGCUGGCGUGCCGGGUGCCGGGCUGCAGGCGAGUGCGGGGGCCUGGCCGGGCUCGCCCCCUGCGCGGCGGGGGCGACUGGCGGCGCGCACGAGGGGGUAGGGGGAGGGGGGGAGGCUUCUCAGAGGGAGGCCGCUUCUCAGAGGGCGCUGGCCCUGCACCUACAGGGAAGGCCCCGCGCGCCGUCCGUGCGGAGCAGGGGGCGCUUCCCGAGAAGCCCGCCCCCCUCCUCCCACCACCCACUGCGCGUGGCCGAGGCGAGCUCGGGCGAGAAAAAAGAGGGCGCGGGCACGGACGCGAGGCUGCGGUUGGCCGUUCGCGCUGGAAAAGCCCGCGGCGACGAGGGCCACAAGGAGGUGGAGAGGGGGGAGCGUGAGGAGGACAGUGAGGCGGGUGAGCAGGAGGGGGAGGAGAAGAAGGACGACAAGGACCCUUUGGAACACUUGGCUGAGCCCUCCGCGCAAUACCCUUACGGAUUGGAAAAUCCAGAGAGAAGCCUAGAACCGAGUCGUAAUGCACUGGCAUGCAUGACAUCGAGCUGCGCUGAUAUUGGUACGCUCGGAAACAGGCCUGCACGGACCACAAAAAAAAUAUCGCGGCCUUUUCGGACGAUGGGCUGGAAAGGCGUUGCGAGACGCAUGUCGCCAAGGGUGGCGUAACGGCCACAUCUUGGACAGAAAGUCAAGGGAAAUGUGUCCAUCGCCGAGCUCGAUCGGAGGGGUGCCCGCCGAGACAUGAGGCGAAGCCGCGCGCGCCUCAGGCGAGGAGGACAAGGGGUGGAAGAGGGGGAGGAAGAGUAGCAGUACCCAGGGGAGAGGCGCAAAAGGAACGAAACCGGUCGUCAACCACAGACGCGCUCGUCCCUGCUAUGUGCGUUGCUGGAUCAUACGCAUGAUCCCUAGUCCAGAUGCACUACGCGGAGUGUGCGAGUACCAGGCUUAUGCACCAGUCCCGAAUUCCAAUCUCCC